GGCACCCUACAUUACGAACCCUCGUGGUCAUAAUCAUAGCAACUAGGCUAUAAGGCCUCGUGGUCACACCCGGAGCGACUGAGUUGGCAGUUUAUUCGAAAAGUCGGAGGAAAUGGCUGUGUACAACCACUCGUUUGUGUUCCAAUUUGAAAAGAAAUAUGAUCAAUCAUGGUUUCAAGACUACAUGCACCGGCAUUGGCAAGACAGCUUUAUUUAUUCCACUGUCUAUGUCCUUGUCGUGUUCUGUGGCAAGAAAUGGAUGGAGAAUCGUCCCCGGUACGACCUGAGACCCUAUCUCGCUACGUGGAGUGCGAUUCUGGGUAUAUUUAGUAUAUUUGGUGCUAUAAGGACUGUUCCAGAACUGAUUACCUCCGUGAGAGAUUACGGAAUGGAGUAUUCGCUAUGCGUCCCAUCAUAUUUUGAGGGCGUGACCGGAUUCUGGUGUUUCAUGUUCGCAGUUUCGAAGGUAUAUGAACUUGGAGACACGAUUUUUAUUGUUCUUCGAAAGCAACAGCUCAUAUUCUUACACUGGUAUCAUCACAUCACUGUUUUAAUCUACGUCUGGUACAUGUACCCAGCAAAUCUAGGAUUUGGAAGAUGGUUUAUGGGAAUGAACUAUGCUGUACAUUCAAUUAUGUACACCUACUAUGCACUGCGAGCGAUGAAAUUCCAGGUACCGAAGUUUAUCAGCAUAGUCAUUACAUUACUCCAGUUGUCCCAAAUGAUAACUGGGUUCACUGUAACCUACUUAACCUACCAGCUGAAUCAGAGGGGUAUUAAAUGCAGUCAGACUGAACAGCCAAUUAAAUAUGGAAUGAUUAUGUAUGGAACAUAUUUCAUUCUCUUCGCUCACUUCUUCUAUACAAACUAUAUCCUCGAAAAGCCGAAAGUGAGAACUGCUGAUAUAACUGAUGGAAAGAAAAAGAGUUGAUAGUCCAGCAAACUUUUAGCAUAUCCCAAUUCCUUUUUGCGUUCAGUAAGACUAAGUUACUAUCACAUUGCAGACUUGCAGUACUUAAAACAUUUGCAAUUAAAUUAUUUGUCUGAAGAAAAAUGUAACAUUACCCUUUAUUGGAGCAGCAAGUAUCAUAUAUAUAUAUCUGUGACUGAAGAAGAACAUGCCAUGGUUUGCAGCAUUGCUUAUAAGUGAAUAUGUGUUUUAAAGUAUUUGUCCUGGCUAUUGUGAUUUCAAAAGCAUCAUGCAAGAAAUUACAUUUUGGAUCCUAUAAAGCAAAGUGAAAUCUGCUUAAUUCAAUUAUUGUGAAAUCCAAAAACUACCAUGUUGAGAUGAAAACACUAGUGUAUUUGUUGAUUAUUUUGUGGUUAUUAUACAUAGAUUGUAGCUAAUUUUUAUUUUGAUAUUUACCUGAUUUUAGUUAUUGUUAACGAUCCGUGUUUCAUUGAAUUUUGCAUUCGGUAGACUGAUAUUGUUAAAUUCUUUCAUUUGUGAUUUUUUUUAAUUCAAUGUACACUGUAUUUUACAGCUAAACUAUGUUCUACAGGAAUUAAUUGUGGUAACAUCGCCAUAUAUUUUUACAGUGUUUACUGUCCCGGUAUACUAUGACAGGUCAUGCUGUGUAAAUACCUAAAUACCAAUACCAUAUAUUGACAUGGAAAACAAAUGAAGGUCUGUCUGUAAAUUUACCUAUUUAACAUCAAUCAAGGAGAUCUUUCUUUAAGGAAAAAUAAUUUAUUGGUCACCAUCUGGCAUCUGCUCUUUAAAAAGUUCACUGUAAGCAGUAUCGAAUGUAAAAAAGGAUAAAAGAUAUGGAUUCUAAUACAGUUAAGUCAAACAUGACUCCUUUGUAUAUUGCAUGCAUUUUUCAUGAAAGAUUGGAAACUAUCCAAUUUGUGUUCACCAUUAUAGGAGGACAGUACAGAGUUACCGAUGUAUCUGAAAGGUACAUCACACAUACAGACCGGCAACUAGUGAGAGCAAUCAAUACUGAUGCUCUAGCUUUGAGACAAUAUACUGCAACACUGUAUACUGCUGGCAUUCAUGGUCUUGUUUGAGCCAUAUAAACAUAUUUGAUCUUGUGUGAUGGUGUACAAUGAUCAUGAGGUAUUGAAGUUAAUAUGUGAUAUUUCUCUACCUUUUUUUUUCAUUCAUUAUAUUCUUUUGAUACUCAGCUGCUAUUACUUGCCUUCAGAUUCAAAUAUUACAUUGGUUUGUUUUUGCAUUCAUUCUGACUCAUUCUGUUCUACAGUAAAUCCUGAAAAACCUCAAAAGUGAAAUUUUCUGCUUUUACAUACAUCAGUUUCAUUUAAUAUUUCCUUAUAUGGAAACUCAUGUUUUUGGUUAAAUACCACUGGAGCACUAUCAUUUAAUUGUUAGCACAGGUUUCAAUAUGAUUUGAAGUUGAAGGCAUGUAACAUUUUGUAAUACCUCAUCAAAAUUGAUGUGUUAAUGGGAGUAGUCUGAAAUAUCUGUAUUAGGACAGACCUCCCAACAUGUGUACCAGUAGGUUUAUCAGAUAGCUGUAGUACAUGUUAUCAGGGAUCAUGUGGUGAAACCUUGAAAUAUGACCAUUAUAACUGACCUAUAUUACUAUCAGGAGGCCAGGACAGGUAGAUAGAGUGAGCACAGUUUGACAUAAAAUUAACUCAUUGGUUAUUUCAUCUGAUAUAAAGCACUACAAGGAUUAUAUAUUUUAAAAUUGUGAUUUAUCUUAAUUCUACAAAGAGUUGGUGUACCUAAUUAAGAGUAAGUGUACCUAAUAUCAGUAAUAUGAUUGUCCAUAUCCUUGAUAUGCUGGUGUCGUAUGAUGAUUGUCCAUAUCCUUGAUAUGCUGGUGUCGUAUGUUAAAUAAAGCUUAUAUGUGAUUCCAUCUGUCACUUUAUGUGACUACAGUUUACAUGUCUUAUGGCCAGUUAUAUUGGGUUGAGUGGAUUGAAAUCAUAAUGAAAGUAAAAGUUGUCUGGACUCGUCCCAUGUGCCUGUACAUGCUUUACUGGUAAGGUAUUAUGAAAUACCCUGAACCGGAGUCCUUUUUGUUGACCGAUCUAUUAUUAGCACUGUUUGUGUUUCUGUUUCCUUAACACUACUCUGACCCACACAAACUCCAGGUAUUGAUCAGAUGGUGUAAAGCUAUUGGGUUAAAUUGACUGUAUUGUGGGUGACUGAAUUUAAUGAGGAUCUUUUCCUAUUUAUAAAGGGACCCAUAACAAUUUUGACCUUUUUUUACACACCUGUUGUUAGGAACUGCUGUCAUGCAGUGUAUAAACAAGGAAACAAGUAAUCAGUCUAGCUUUAGAUUGAUUUCAGUUGUAAGUUAUUAAAACAUUUUAAAAACCAAUAACAAAUUGCUAAAAUUCUCUUUGUAUGAAUAUCGGUAUAUACUUAGAUAUAUAUGUAGUCUUGUGAAAAAUGUAUAUGUCUAGAGGUUGUGUGGAUAUUUGCUAAUGACUUGUCUGUCCUAUUAAGAAGAUUUGGUAGUUUGGAAACUCCUUGGAUAUUAAUGAUGAAGUUGGUACUGUUUUCUUUUUUAUGAUACCAAGUUUGGAAGGUGUCUAAAGGAUUCCAAUCAACUAAUUUUCAGAGUGUGUAUUUUGUAUUGAUAUGUACUUAUUUCAUAUUUGUUUUAAAAAAUUCUAAUGAUUGUUAAGUUUGAUCUUUUUCCCAUACUGUUAUGUCAAUCAUAUUUUUAUUUAAUUUUUGUUGUUUUAAGUGAUGUGUAUAAUAUAUAUUCGUGUUGUGAACUUGCAAGGAUAGCAGAAAAGUGCUAUAUUUAAAUACUGUGUAAAGUAAAUGACAAUUAUUGUGAUCAUCAUUUAAUUAUAUUUACGAUAUAAAAGAUUGACAAUUCGAAACAAUGAUAUGUGUAUGUACCGGUUAUAGCUGCAAUAUAGAUGUAAUUUUAUCAGUCCAAUAUCAUUUAAUAGAACAAGUUGAUAAAACCUGCCAAGGACAUUACAGGUCUCCAUCCUUGUGAUUGUCACUGAUUACAGCAGAGGAGCAUGGGGGCUUGACACGUUCUUAUGACCAACAAUGAAAAUGGUAAACAUUGAUCAAGGAGUCAGACCUUGAGGUUAAUUUUUUAUUUUGAGUCAUGGGUAAGUGUCGAGCCGAAGCCCCUAAGAUAGGAACUUACCAAAGCAGUACUGAGAGUUUGGUUCACCAUCUACCCCUUUGUAAUAAGAACUGACCUCCCCGCAGAGAGUUUGGACUACCAUCUACCCCUUUGUAAUAAGAACUGAUCUCCCCGCAGAGAGUUUGGUUCACCAUCUUCCCCUUUGUAAUAAGUACAGACCUCUCCACAGAGAGUUUGGACUACCAUCUACCCCUUUGUAAUAAGUACAGACCUCUCCACAGAGAGUUUGGACUACCAUCUACCCCUUUGUAAUAAGUACAGACCUCUCCACAGAGAGUUUGGACUACCAUCUACCCCUUUGUAAUAAGUACAGACCUCUCCACAGAGAGUUGGGUACGUACUGACCUCUCCACAAAGAGUUUGGUUCACCAUCUACCCCUUUGUAAUAAGAACUGACCUCCCCACAGAGAGUUUGGACUACCAUCUACCCCUUUGUAAUAAGAACUGACCUCCCCACAGAGAGUUUGGACUACCAUCUACCCCUUUGUAAUAAGUACAGACCUCUCCACAGAGAGUUUGGUUCACCAUCUACCCUUUUGUAAUAAGUACUGACCUCUCCGCAGAGUUUGGUUCACCACCCCUUUGUAAUAAGUUCGUACUGAUCUCUCCUCAGAGAGUUUGGACUGCCAUAUGCAUCUAUACCUUAAGCUUUAUCACCACUAUUUGAUAUCUAGCAAAUAACCGCCAUCACUGUACUGACCACCUUGUAAUGUUGUUGUGAAAUUGUGUCUCCAUCCUCAGCAUCACCAAUCAGAUUAGUUAUUGAAUAAUAUACCGGUACAAUAUUUACUUGUUUUACAGAAAGUGUUGCUAAUGUGUACAUGCCAAAUUUUAAGUGGCUGCUCAAAUAUAUACAAAAUUUGAACCUCUUUGUGCAUGUUAUGUGUUUAUGUACCUAGUGUAUAUGCUCAUUAUUUUGUAUGGAUAACCAUUUAUACAGUACAAAAUAAGUUAAUUGAUUUAAUAAUCAUCUAAUUAAAGUGAUAAUAAACUAGAUAUUAAACAAAUACAUUAGUGAUGUUAAAAGGUGGAAAGGAGUUUAGAAUAUUUCAAUAAAUGCACAUGAUAAUGAGGUUGAUAUGUUUGAUUUAUUUACAUAUUAUAUUAAAUGUAAAUCUCCUGCACUUUAUUUUUUUCAACCAGAUGGAAAAGUCUACCUGUCAUGGGUCUCAACUGAAAACUUUCAAGAAACUUGGAGAUUUUUGUUUUUUUAAUCAAUAAUUCUAUUGUUUGUUGCUUUAAUAUCAGAAGUCUUGUUAAAACUUAAUAUGCUGUAACCAACACAGUUUGAAGGAUAAAACAUUAAAUAAGGGUUAAUAAUAUUUCAUUUUCAAAAAAGUCCAGUUAGAGACAAAAAAUUGCACAGGAUUUUGUAAAGUUUACUGAAAUUGGAGGCUCUAGUUCAAAACUGAAAAUUUAACAGGUAUGAUGCACAUGUUCUUAAUGUAGCCUUACUAAACCGAAUCCUGUGUCGUCAAGAAUAAGUAGACCUUAGUUAUAUUUAGCUAACAACUUUUACAAGUUCGUUCCUGUUGAGCACUAUAGAUGCUGGUCACUAACUUGCUAGCUAUCAGUUCAUAUCUGUGUGUCGUAUUAGUAAUCUUUGUUGUGCUGUUAUCGAUUACCUCAACUUGAAUUCAGAUAAUUUAUUUACAAUUUUAAUAUUCACCAGCAUUCACACUCUAGUACCUGUUACGAUUACCUAACAGGGGAUACUGGAUACAGGGUAACAUUUUCUUUUGUUUUAACUGUUGCUGUAUAGGUUAUAUUUUUAGGUACCGUAUAUAUAUGUCGAUGACUUUGUCGUAUGUCCAUCACUAUCACUGGUUCAUGUGUCCAUCACUGGGUCCUGUGUCCAUCACUGGGUCCUGUGUCCAUCAAUGGGUCCUGUGUCCAUCACUAGGUCAUGUGUCCAUCACUAGGUCCUGUGUCCAUCACUGGGUCCUGUGUCCAUCACUAGGUCAUGUGUCCAUCACUGGGUCCUGUGUCCAUCACUGGUUCAUGUGUCCAUCACUGGGUCAUUUGUCCAUCACUGGGUCCUGUGUCCAUCAAUGGGUCCUGUGUCCAUUACUAGGUCAUGUGUCCAUCACUAGGUCAUGUGUCCAUCACUGGGUCCUGUGUCCAUCACUGAGUCUGUACUAUAAUGAGUGUACAUAUUCUUAUGAAUGUAAGCCUAUUGUUUUUUAAUGCAGGAAUAUUUUUCUUUCAUAAUUUCAUUUCAUUAAUGCAAUGUAUAACAAAGAUCUACAAAAUUCAGAGGUGUUGGUAGUGAAAAGUUUUAGCUGUUAUUGAACUCCAAAAAUUUCAUUUAUGGGGUUGUAAGUGAUAUAUUGCUACAGCAUCCAUCCAGGUAGACAUAAGAUAAAAUGGAACUAUAAUCUUAUUAACAACAUUACUAUUCAGUAAUCACAAUCUGCAUUGAUUGUUGAAAAAAUUUGUCAUGUUAAAUUUGAUUCUUUUAAUCCUGAAGCUUCCACUUCUGUUGUGAAACUAGUCAGAUAAUUAUUUACUUUGUGUGAACGAAGAACAUUAUCAUUAUAUUAAAAUAUAUUAAAGGAAAAUAUGGCAAUAUUUGUUAUUGGAUCGUUAGCCUACACACUUUCAAAUUAUUACUGUAUGUCCUAAAUUUACAGCAAGUUUGUAAUGCAAUAUAUCGGGAAUGAAAGCAGUGAUUUGGUGUAUUGAUCAGGACUUAAAUUUUACAGUAAUUGAUAUGAAUAUCUGAAGUGUUUGUGAAUUAGACCAAUCUUUGCCAAAUGUACCUGAAGUGAAAGGAUUUAUGUAAAGUCAGCAUUAUGUCUUCUUACUAAUAAUUAAUGUAGUUGUGAAAUGAAUACUAGAGAUAUGUUUGUCUUCCCGAGGACCAUUUGCCGUUAAAUAAUCUGUCUUUGAUAAAGCGAGACAUAGCAACAGAACCCACUAGUAUACAAUAAUCUAUAAUUAACAUUUAUCAAUUCUUUAAGUGCGCAUGAGACUUGCUUAUUCCUUUCAAUAUCAUAUCAAACACAGUUUCCAGACAUGUAAAAUUCUCUCAACAUUUUUUCCAUUUCAUAAUGCAUUAGCUGAAUCCGGUGAUUUGCAUGUGAAAUAUUUGUUACCGACAUCUAAAAUUAAAUUUUUAUGUAAUAUGAAACAUAAGUGGAUUCCUAAUUGAAAUUAUUUAAAUUAAAAUUCUCUUAAUUCCAUCAAUGUUCUUCCCAGAAUGAGACUAAAGCCCCUUCCAGUGUUCUCGUUAAUCUUCUGUUAACCAAUUAAGAUCUAUAGCAAAUACUUGACUUAAUGCUAAUGUGGGGACGUAGUAAUUCAAACUUAUCUCAACGUUUUUGUAUUAAAGUUCAACUUAUUUUACUUAAAAGUGUUAAUUUUUUGGAGUGCUCUUUUUCUUGGUACAAGCAUCCUUUUAAGCCAUGGUUUUUGUGGCACAUUUUUUCAUUACAAUAAUUUCAGUAUGUUUUCUUUGCAAAUCAAUAUUGUGCUUUAAUAAUUUUGCUACAAAAACUUCCUGAAGUUGGAUUUUAAAAAUUGUAUUAUGUAUGUUAGUGUUACAAUGGUGUUAUAAGUAAUUACAUCUGGGCCCAUGUUUUAUUUUAUCAUUUCCCUUGUGUUCAUCAUUAGCUUUACAUUGCCUACAAUGUUAAUGAUGGUCUCUAUCAUCUGUUUACAACCUAUUGGUAAAACAUUGCCAUUAACUCUAUUUCUCCAAUAGCACAAUUCCCAUUUGUGUAGAUACAUCAUUUUGCUUUACUGAUAUCGGUUAUGCUUACAUAUUAAUCCCAACUUUUCCAGGAUAUGUAAGUCACUGUGACCUAUUUGUCUGCUUCAUUUACUUGCCAUCCUUUGUGUCCAAGCCUAUUUCUGUUUUAAAGUAAGAGAUGCACAAUAACAAACACAGUAAUCUAGUAUUCUGGCUACAUACAUUUGUAUAUAUGUAAAUUAGCGAUAAUGAAUUUUAAAGAAAAGAUAAAUGGUUAAAAUAUGUUAAUAAGAUGAUAAAAACAAAAAAUUAAAAUGACAUUUUGAGAUUAAAUAGAAAUAUUUCCAUUUUAGUUUAAUUAAAAAUCUAUAUAUGUAAGCAUUGCAAAUGUUAUCUUCUUUCUUGGAAAAUUAAAAUAAGUAAUGGAUGUUAAAAAUAAUAAUGCAAUGAAUGUAAGAUUUAUUUAACAAGAUAAAAUGACCAUACAAAGAGAAACAUUCAAUGUUACAAAAUUAAUGCAUGCAUACUGUUGAAAAAUAAAAAAAGAAAUUAGCUUAUCACAAAAAUUAGUUCAUUAUGAUAACUAAUACUUUUCUUAUUGAAUAUCUGGAGCUUUUAUGUAGUGAAUUAUGUACAGUUCAUAACGAAUGACAUCACAUUGAAUCUUAUUCAUGAGAAAUAAUAGGAGUCGGUGAUUUUAGCUUAUUAUAGGACUAUCUUAUUUGUGUGUCCUAAAAUAUCCCUAAUAUUAUGUACUAAAUCAGCGAGUCAGUCAUGUGAUACAAUUUAUCAAUAUGAAAUUAUUGCUAAUUAUGUCUCCUGUGAAGAUGAAAAAAUAAUAAUGAUUUUACCUUAUGUGAUCAUACCUUUUUUAAGCCUGAGGGAAAGGGAUUAUGAGCUGAUUGAUUUACUGCCACUUUUACAAUUUAAUCUGCUUAAGAACAGAGAGUUGAUUAAAUUGAGAUAUUUAAUCCCAAUAAUUUACAUACAAGAAGUGAUGGUGUGCUGUGUGUCUGGAACAUUCCUUAACGGCUACAAUAUGUUGUUUAGUGUGACUGCUUAGAUAGCAUCCUCGUAUAACCUAGAAUUGUAUAUAUAUAUGUAUAAAGGUAUAGAGUAUCUUGUUGUUUAGUGUAUACAGGUCCUGGUCAUUUCAGUCAAAAUAUAUCAUCACCAAUGUUGAAACAUGUUUUUGUUAGGGUUCAACGCAAAUUUAAUCAUCCUUCAUUCAUUAUUGAAUCAUUACCACGUAAGUGUAUCAGUUAUGAGUAGAUUAAACAUGGAAUAGACUUGUACAUGUUAUUCAAACUUUUUUUUCGAAAUUAGACCCAAGGGAAGCAUUUGAUGGAGAAAAGGAAUAAUGAUUUGUUAUGUAAUGGAUACCUACAACUCUACAUUGCAAAAUUUGAAUGUAAUUAAUGUAAUAAUCGAAAUCCUUUAAACCUAAAGAUCCGGAAAUCUUUAUUAACAUAAUCAAAAGAGAACCAUUCUGUGAUUUGAGGAUGUUAUUGUUCACAACUAUGUGGUUAUGGUGUUCCCAAGUUGAUGUGACAUCUUUGUUGUAUGCAUAUAAUGUACACUUAUAGUGAUGCUUGUUUUGUAUUUACCACAAACUCGCUCACACAAUAAAGUAAUAUCAACACCA